AUGGCCUGCUCAGCUUCAGACUUAGCUCCUCUCCUCUCCGCCACUAUAAACUCUACACAAGCCGCCACCUACUUAUGCUCCCAGUUCACCAGCAUAGCCAACCAGCUCUCUGACACAACCUAUGCAGUCAACAACACUUACCUCCUUUUCUCUGCCUACCUAGUCUUUGCUAUGCAACUUGGCUUUGCCAUGCUUUGUGCAGGCUCUGUGAGGGCCAAGAACACCAUGAACAUAAUGCUUACUAACGUUCUCGAUGCUGCUGCUGGUGGCCUUUCUUACUAUCUCUUUGGCUAUGCUUUUGCCUUCGGCUUUCCUAGCAACGGCUUCAUUGGCCGCCAUUUCUUUGGUUUGAGAGACUUUCCUUCUUCUCAAGCUGACUAUAGUUUCUUCCUUUAUCAAUGGGCUUUUGCUAUAGCUGCUGCUGGCAUCACUAGUGGCUCCAUUGCUGAGAGAACCCAAUUCGUUGCUUACCUUAUAUACUCCACCUUUUUAACUGGCUUCGUUUACCCCGUUGUUUCACAUUGGUUUUGGUCCGGUGAUGGUUGGGCCAGUCCAGUUAAAUCCGAUAAUAAUCUUUUAUUCGGUUCGGGUGCGAUCGACUUUGCCGGUUCAGGCGUGGUUCACAUGGUUGGAGGUAUUGCUGGCUUGUGGGGUGCUCUCAUAGAAGGCCCACGCAUCGGCAGGUUUGACCGGAGCGGUCGGUCCGUCGCAUUACGCGGUCAUAGCGCUUCUUUAGUGGUGCUCGGUUCGUUUUUGUUAUGGUUCGGGUGGUACGGGUUCAAUCCGGGUUCUUUUUUGACGAUCUUGAAAAGCUAUGGUCAAAGUGGAGGGUACUAUGGUCAAUGGAGUGCUGUAGGAAGGACAGCUGUCACUACAACAUUGGCUGGGUGCACAGCUGCCCUUACUACCUUGUUUGGCAAAAGACUAUUAGUUGGUCACUGGAAUGUAAUUGAUGUUUGUAACGGUUUAUUAGGGGGUUUUGCUGCAAUCACCGCAGGGUGCUCCGUGGUAGAACCAUGGGCUGCAAUCAUAUGUGGCUUCGUUGCUUCUUGGGUUUUGAUUGGGUGUAAUAAGCUCGCAGAGAAACUAAAAUAUGAUGACCCACUAGAGGCGGCCCAAUUGCACGGAGGAUGCGGCACGUGGGGGUUACUGUUCACCGGGCUGUUCGCGAAGGAGGCGUACGUGAACGAGGUUUAUCCGAACAAGGCGGGGCGGGCAUACGGGCUGUUCAUGGGUGGUGGUGGGAAGCUAUUGGCGGCCCAGAUCAUCCAGAUCUUGGUGAUAUCAGGGUGGGUCACGGCAACAAUGGGCCCACUGUUCUAUGGGCUUAACAAGUUGAAGCUGUUGAGGAUAUCAAGUGAGGAUGAGAUGGCAGGCAUGGAUAUGACAAGGCACGGAGGGUUUGCUUAUGCGUACAAUGAUGAGGAUGAUCCAUCAGGAAAGCCACCUUCGUUUUUGAUGAGAAGGGUUGAGCCUACUAAUGAAACCACACCUGAUCAAAACUCACCAGUUAUCAGUGUCUGA